AUGUUCCUCGUGGACGUAUCGUCGUCCAUGGACAAGAUUCGCCGCGUGGAGGUCCCCGGUCCACAGGGACCUGUGAUCAUCGAGAUGACCAACCUCAUGUGGUCUCUGCAGUAUGUCAUGCUCAAGAUACAGGAAAUGGUAGGUCGGACUGUCCACCUCCCAACAAAGCCUGCCGCCACCAUUUUCAAUGGAAGGAAGACUGACCAGUGUGGAGUGAUUCUAUUCGGCACUGAAGGGACGAACAAUAUCAUCAACGCGGAGCACGGCGGCUAUGAGCACGUCACUGAACUCAUCCCCGUUCAGCAGCCGAACCACAGCACGCUUUCAAAGCUCGCCGCUCUCGAAGCCUCGAGCGUGGUCGGGGAUCCCAUUGAUGCCCUCAUCGUCGGAAUAGAGGUGCAAGACAGGGUCCUCGAGAAGAAGCGAACAUGGACACGUAAAAUCGUGCUGUUGACAGACGGCGAAAGUCCGAUGGAAGUCGAGGACUGGCAAGCAACUGUCGAGAAGAUGAAUGGGCUCAGCACCGGUCUCACCGUGGUCGGUAUCGAUUUUGAUGACGAUGAUCUGCCUUUCCAUGAGGAGGACAAGAGCAACAUCAAGAAAGAGAACGAGUCUUUCUACAAGGAGUUCACGGAGGCUCUCCAACAAGGUGUUGUCGGCAACUGCGACUACGCCCUCAGUGAGAUCUCCCGGCCCGACGUCAAGCAGGUCAAGUCGGCCAUGCUGAGUACCGUCCUGAGGAUAGGGGACACAGAAGCGCGCGACGAAGAGGCGAUCGAGAUUCAAAUCAAGACAUCGAAGGCGACCGCGCUCGCCCGCCCCAAAAGUUGGAAGCGCUUCGCACGCCGGAAACCGAUGAAGGAGGAAGACGAGGACGCAAUGGACGAGGACGAGCCGAUGUCGACGUUCGCGCAGCUGCGCAUGCGUACCGACUACAUUCUCGACAGGGACAAGGGGGAGAAGCCCGAAGCGGUGAAGUCCGAAGAGAACGAGGACGAAAUGGACCUGGCCGUGAUCCCAAAGGAAGAACUCGUGCGCGGGUACAAGUACGGCGCGUCGUUUGCCCCAGCACCUGAUGGCGGUUUCCCCCGCCUCGAGACGCGGAAAGGGAUCGACAUCUGUGGGUUCUUCCAGCAGAAGAACUUCCGGAGGGAGAUGGCUAUGGGCGAGGUGUCCUACAUUUGGGGCGACCCAACGAUGCCGAUGCAGCAGGUCGCGCUCUCAGGUCUGGUUCAGGGAAUGUAUCAGAAGGGUGCGAUGGCGAUUGCGCGGUGGGUGAGCAGGGACAACAUGGACCCCAAGAUGGGUGUCUUGUAUCCGUGCCCUUUUCAAGAUGCAGAUGCGCUGAUGUGGGUGCAAGUGGCUAAGAAUGUGCUCCAGAUGCCGUUCGCGGACGACGUCCGCAACUACUCUUUCGCCUCGCUAGAGACCCUCGUCAACAAGAAAGGCGAGGUGGUCAAGGAGCACCCCUACCUUCCCACUGAGGAGCAGAUGGACGCCAUGGAAGCCUUUGUUGAUGCUAUGGACCUCAGCGACGCCGGGGAGAAGAACGAGGAAGGUGAGCGUGAGCCCUGGUUUGACACCCGCCUGUCCUACAACCCCGCAAUCCACCGCACGAAGCAGGCGCUAUUCCAUGGAGCGGUUGUGCCAGACCUCAAUACACACCCACUCCCUCCGCCUCACCCCGAACUCCUCAAAUACUUUGAGCCUCCGCGGCGGGUGCUCAAGCGUGCGCGCCGGGCGAUCGAGGACGUCAAGAAGGCGUUCAACGUGCGUGAAGUGCCCAAGAAAGCUCGCGUCCGCAAGGACGAGCACAAGCGCGUUGAAGACGAAGACGACGAGAUGCUGCUCCUCGACGCCAAACCCGGUCCCUCCGCCACACAGCGCCGCCCGCAAACCGUCAGCCCCCAGUCGAAGGCGAAGGAGAAAACCAAGGCGAAGGCGAAACCGGUCUCAGCGGACAGCGGGAGUGAGACGGAAGAAGAGCCCGAGGACGAGGAACUCCUCCUAGGCGCCGCGCCCACGCGCCCCCGGGAGGGGGAGGAGGGCUCCGUGUACAUCGACCCGAAGCGCGCGCCCGGGCGGAUCGUUGGCGAGUCGUACCCGCUCCGGGACUUCAAGAAGAACGUCGCGCGCGGGGACGUCGUGUCGAAGGCGGUCGAGGACCUCGGCGUGGUGAUCAAGACCGUCGUCACAAAGCCCUUUGUGUCGCGGCGGACAGCGGAGAUGCUGGAGUGCAUGGACGAGCUGCGCAAGGUGGCUCUUGAGGAGGACGAGAUCGAUGCGUGGAACGAGUUCAUCCAGGACCUCCGGGAUAUAUGUAUGUCUGGGAAGCGAGGUGCUAAGGACUUCUGGGACGCUGUGCGUGGUGUUGGUCGUCCGCUCAGCUUCAUUACGAGCUCCGAGGCGUCGAAAGCAGGCGGAAAGUCGCAGAUUGCAGAGAGCGAGGCCGCGAUGGUACGUCUCGGCUUCCUUUCACCGAUUGUACACCCCUCUAACCUGCACUCGACACAGUUUAUACAGCAAUAG